CUUUGUAGGCUGUUUUUUCUUUCUUUCUUUUUUGGAGGGGGUAUUGUUUUUUUUUUUCUUCUCUUUUUUCUUUUUAAAUUUUCUCCGGUUGUUGGAUUUGAAGGGCCCAAAAUUCAACAAACAGUGGUUAGUGUAUUAUCUGCUUUCUCUCUGACUUCUCUGACUUCCCACCAUCAUCCACUCUUCAGCUCCUGCUUCUCCAUAAUUGAACCUCCCUCUUCAUAAUCUAGUCCCCAUGUAUAUUUCCAUUUUAUAUCCUCUGGCCUCUCUCCAUUUGUGGAAAAAAAACUAGGAAACCCAAAGCAAUAUUGCUGAAGAAUAGGUCUGCACUCUGAGGAAUACUAGGUUGAAAGCUAGCUAACCACCGGUUAACAGCUGCCCCUAUUAUACUAGGCGUUUGGUGGCUGCUUGAGAUCAAGGAAACAACCUCAUCACUACUCUACUACUCUACUGAAACAUGGAGCCACCAAACUAUAAUGUUGAAUCCGAAGAUGAAUCUGAAGUCAGUAGCCAAGUAGCGUCCAAUGUAUCCAUCCAAGAGACUUCCUCUGAUCCCUCCAAGGACAGCACUACGACAUCAUCUUGCCUCACAAAUCUUAUAAAGCUUCAGCCAGACCAAGGGUCUGUUUCUCUAGACUUAACUCUAUGUUUCAACCCCAACGACACCAAGUUGAAGGGCAUGGGUGAGAGUAGCAGUGAUGCAGUGGCUCAGGCUCCAGUGGCAACGGCCCCAAAGGUUUUCUCUUGCAAUUAUUGCCGGCGCAAGUUCUUCAGCUCACAGGCAUUGGGUGGCCACCAGAAUGCACAUAAGAGAGAAAGGACACUGGCAAAACGGGCCAUGCGGAUGGGAAUGUUCGCAGAUAGAUACACUAGUUUAUCAUCUCUGCCCCUUCACGGUUCUGCAUUCCGGUCCCUUGGGAUUGAAGCUCAUUCCUCAAUGCACCAAAGAAUGGUACCGCUGGAAAGGCCUGAUACAAGGGGCGGAGCAAGGUUUGAGCAAGGCUAUUACGGGCUGCCAGUGUUCAUAGAAGAUGAAGAAGCAGAGCUGUUUUGGCCUGGGAGUUUUAGGCAGAUAGGUGAAAGAGUUGGAGGCAGUGCAAUUCCUGAAUUGUCUCAAGGUCCCAAUAUAAAUUUUGUACCAAUGGCUCCCCCACCAACCACAGAUUCGUCUUCACCUGAUCUCACUUUAAAACUAUAAGAUUCUUCCCCCCUUUUUUCCUUUCCUUCAUUUCCUCUGGACUCAUUACUCCUCACAGGGUUCACUUUGUACAGCGAGAUAUGCUCGAGGCAUGGCGGCUACCCUCGGAUUUUCCUCUCUCUUUUGUUUCUUUAACUUGUUUUCUUUUCCAAUGAUGUGCUGCGGUUGAGCUAGUAAGUUGUAUGAGAAGUUUCUGAGGAUGAAUUUUAUUGCCAGAACUUACCAUAGUAUUGAUUACUUACAGAGUGACUUGGGUAGGAAGACUUGGUUCUGCACUUCGUUCUCUUCCACAUAUAUCCUUGGUUUAUGGUUU